AUGUUUCCACGACCAAAAAAAAACAUCAUGUUUCUAUACUUGUUUUGUUUGAGCAUCGUUGCCAAUUACUACCAUGUUUGGUUUCCUUGAUUCUGGUUUUUUCUUUCUUUUGAACCCAAAAACAAGUUUGUUUGUUCUUUCUAACGAUAAGCAACAAAUUUCUCAUAACUUUUUCUCAUCUUUUGGUUCGUUUAUUUGAUGUUCAGUUAUUAGUGUUUGUUUAAACAUAUUGGACUUUUAAAAUUAAAAUAUUAAGUGUCACAAAUUACCUAGUUAGAAUUUAAAUACAAAUUAAAAUGUUAUAUAUAUUUUACUUGAAACGGUUGCUUUUGUUUUGGCGAGGGUGGCUAACCCUUUCCCUUUGCACUCUUGCUCACAUUAACGUAACUUUGCCCUGAUCACUCUCAAGAAUCAAUAUCUUCGCACUUUAUAUUGAAUUGAACGUGGAAUCAGAAUAUUGGUCAAGAGUUUUUUACAUGCUCAAGAUUCAGGAUAAGAACCUUUAAUCGGAAGCCACUUCGAUUCAUGCACAAGCAGAGCUCGUGAAUAGAAGCGAUUCAGAUCAGCCACUUUUAUUUUACCUUUGGCUUAAUGUGGAUGUGAAAUAGUUCCUUGGCUUCAAUUCUACAUGUGAUAGUUUGGUACUAAGGAGAAUGAAUUACCUGUUAACAACAUUGUCAAAGAAGAUAGAGGUGGAUUCCAUCAUCAGGGACACCAUUGAUAAGGUCCUCGUCCUCCGCUUUGGUCGUGCCUCUGACCCUGUCUGUCUCCAGCUCGAUCAAAUUCUUUCUAAAGCAGCAAGGGAUGUGUCCAAGUUUGCAACUGUGGCACUGGUUGAUGUUGACUCUGAGGAUAUUCAAGUCUAUGUCAAGUAUUUUGACAUCACUUUGAUACCAUCUACAGUGUUUUUCUUCAAUGCCCAUCACAUGAAAAUGGAUUCUGGGACUGCGGAUCAUACUAAAUGGAUUGGUGCUUUUCACAGAAAGCAAGACUUCAUAGAUGUUGUAGAGGCAAUAUUUCGAGGAGCAAUGAAGGGAAAGCUUAUUGUGAAUUGUCCUCUCCCGCCUGAACGUGUACCGAAAUACCAGUUACUGUACAAGGAUGUCUAAAACUUAACAACCCUCCCCUCCCCUCCUUUGAUGUAUAUGUAAGUUCAUGAAAUAAAAGUUGGUCGGUAAGUGCUAUUUUAUUCUUUCAUCUUUGGAUCCUUUUUUAUUUCUAAAAAGGAAGUACUUGUACAUUGGUGAAGUUCAAAUUCACAUGCAAGGUUGUUAUUACGACAUGGAAAGAUGUUUAUACAAGAGGAG